AUGGCAUACAAGACCAGGCCCAACCCAAUUAUAACAAACCAUGCCCAUUUCUUAGGAAGCCCACUCGAGGGCCCGCAAUUCACUUCCGACCCCAGCCCGGCAGGCGGCAGCCAAGGGGAGAAAACUUCAGAAACACUAAUUCGCUAUUCCUUCCAUUUCGAGUUUCAGCCGUUCCCCUUCCAUCUCCAUCUUGCCGCUACUACCGUGCUGGCUGAUUUGCUCUAUCUCUCGGCGGCAGUGACGACGAAGCAAACGGCGGCCGACGAGCGGCUCUUGACGAGUGAUGACCACGACGACACCAUCAUUUCCAAGUUUCGUCCCGCCCGACUCUCGUCGAUCUCCAUUCGAGUUCGAUAG